UUCAAGCAGCGGCUGCUCAUGUGAGCACCACUGGUGCGUCUUAUAUAGAGCGAUGCGAUGAAUCAAAGGAUCUCACUCACCUAGAUCUACCUCAAGUUUAUUUACUAAAUAGUUUGCAAUCGUGUGCUCAGCAAUAAGUAAACAAAAAAGCCUAUCAGGAGUUGUGGUGCGCAUUAUUGGUGUUUUGUGAACAACAAAUAGAACUCGUAAGCUGCCAUUGAUGACCGCGUAACAAGUACUCCCACACAUUCGGAUUAAUAAUAACAACAACAAAAGCAAAGGACCACGAAACGAGUGCGAUGAAGCUAAAUAAACUAUAUAUUCAUAGAUUUGAUUAGAUUCGUGCAAUGUCAGCUUCGCUACGUGAGUGUACAUAAAGUGCUUUUGUACCUCCUUCUUCAGUAAAAGAGAAGAAGAGUGCGGCGUUUUAUAAAUUCGCAAGAUAUCGGACAAUAGUUCAUACCUGACCAUUAGGUUUCAUCUGUAAACGCACUUUUCCACCUAGGCUGCUAUAAUCCUGAUGUGUUGGAUAGAAAGAAACCAUUGGACUAUCAAAUUAUCGUAUAUCGAGCUUUUAUUGGUCUACAGAGUCAAAAAAUAUCUAUUCGACUCACCUAGCUGUUUCUCGUACGAAGCUUUGAGAACAGAGACACACACUGAAGUAUUCCGGCGAGAAUUAAUUGCCAGUAUUUCGACAGAAAAAGAGAUCUUUGAAGGAAGCUAAAAUCGCACCCAUUGAUUCUUCUCCUCAUUGAGGUUAAUCUAAUUGCAGUGAUCCUUCGGAUCGUCGAGGUCAUUGCAAUAGCUUGGCUGCUGUUGGCGUGGUCGUCUUCGUCAUCAUGUUCGUAGUCGUCACCCCACCUAUCGUCGAACGAGUGGUCGGACGGUAGUUUGACUAGCAGGACCUUAGCAGUCAGCCGGCUAGCCUCGCUGGCCAAAAUUGCGCUCAUUGAUGGUGUUUAAUGAGGAGAUUGUGGUGAUCGACCCCCCACCUUCGCCAUGCCCUCACCAACCAAAACGAGCGAAACAGUCCAGCCACCUAAAACAACCGCCAUCCCAAACCUCUUCGGUAUUGCCUGCCACGUGUCGGACAGCCAACAACAAAGUCAAAGUCUACCCCUCCAGCUGGUCCAACUUGUCGCACAGCUCAUCCAGCUGUUCUGUAACUGCCCGUUCUUCAUACCUAGCCACCGUCAACUGUCGGCAACAGCAUCAUUACCAGCAGCAGCGUCAAAACCGGAUAUCGUGCACGCCUGCAAACCUAGCCAGCGAGGCCAGCGCCUCGCCUACGUCCUUCACGUCCUUGCCGCUACCAAAUGCAACAGCCGCGACCUCGCAGACUUCGUCUUCACAGCAACAGCUGCUCAUUAGACGAAAAUUUGUUGAUAUCGUCAAGCGUCUCUGCAGUCAACUAAUGAACAAGAUGAUGAGCCAAACAAACAAGUCGACGCAACACCAGGAUAGCAAGAUAAAGGACCUUAAGCAGGUGGCGCCAUUGCAGGUACCAAAGGAGGAAACCGAAGCAACAGAGCCAGUGCAGCUGGGCGACGCUAUCCUGCUGAGAAAGACGUCUCCUAAUGGAAAGGUGACUGUCUAUAUGCCAAAGAUUGAAUUCGAAGAUCUCGGCUGUGUCACCGAACCUGUCGGUAAGCAUCCAUUAGCUAAGGGCAUUGUGUCAUUUGACCCCAGCAAACUGGAACUGGGCGAAAAGGUGUAUAUUGCUUUAGUGGGCCGGUUUCGUUAUGGACGCGAAGAAGAUGAAAUUUUGGGAAUGUCUUUAUGUCGAGAAAUCUACAUGGGUUACGCUCCGGUCUGCUCGGCGAGGAGAAGGCUUAGCCCAGAGGGAUUAAGUGGAAGUUAUCCUAGGAGUCCUCAGUACAGGAAUAAAGAACCUGUUGCUGGACCUUCAUCAGGUAUCACUCCUCAGGUCGAGCUGCAAAAAGCUUCGACUGAACGCCGCAUUUUGUCACGGUACGCAAUCCCACUAUCUUCAUUUCACCAGUCGACGUUGCUUUGCUUAACAGCCGAUUCAAUUCCUUUUCGCUUUGAGUUUCCUGGGGACGCGCCUGUCUCAAUGGUUAUGCAGCGGACCACCCCUGACUCCGGCGACACUUGCGGGGUUCGCUACUACAUUCGCUGUUACUCCUGUUUGGACAUCGACGAACAACAGACUACGAUCAGUUUGCUUAACUUUCCCAUCAAAAAGGUGCAGUAUGUAUCGCUGGCGCGAAAUCUUCUCGACAACAAUGACAGCCCCGUGUAUCCAAAAGGGACGAUUUUUAAAGAGUUUCCACUUAAUGGUGGCAGCCUGUCGCUUGAAGCAACUCUCAAUAAAGCGUUGUACCUGCAUGGCGAAGAGAUUCGUGUGAAGAUUCAUCUGUCGAACUCAUCGCAUAAAACGAUCAAGCAUGUUAAGGUCUCGGUGCUGCAGGUGGCUGAUAUCUGUCUGUUCUCCACUGGUAAAUGGAAGGUGUGCGUGGCUACGACAAACAAUAGAAAUGACUGUCCUAUUAAUUCGGGCAAUUCGAUCGAGCAGGAAGUUGUCCUUGUUCCAAAGCUUGGGGACAAUAAACAUAAGUACGGCGUUUUUGUGCAAAGUCGUUCAGGUCCUGAACCAGAUUGUCUCGCCUCAUCCACCGUAGUUUCUGAGGAACAGCGGAAGAACCUGUUUGGCAUCGUAGUCGAUUAUGAGGUCAAAGUUAAGCUUUGCCUUGGGACGCUCAGUUCACUUUCAGGCUUUAAGACGUGGAUGUGUAGCGGUGUGAAGGGUCUCGUGGACGAACUAGCUUCGCCCACUUCUAGUCCCCCUAAAACACCUUCAACCCCGGAACAAAGACGCGGUGAGAUCACGUGUUUCAUCCCGUUCCAGAUACAUCACAGCGGGCCAGCAGAUAUCCCCCUGCCGGGUCAGAUAUCUGAGACCGGCCACCGUACUGCGAGCAAUGGCAGUUUACGAAUCAGCUCAGCAUCGACUGUAGAACCGAUGGACUAGUUGCAGGUCAACAAUAACCAGCCAACACGGCAAUCACAGUCGGUGGGAACCCGGUUAAGGGGCUCAUGUACUUGUACUCAAGCCAUCCAGCCCAUUGAAAACUCGAAAUAGAAACAGUACAACAGCCCCCGAUGCCAAAGCGAACAUGUUUUCAGCACUUAAGAGCGACCGAAACGAUCCUCUGACACAGUAACAACAGAGUUUAUUCUAUAGAUGUUCGACAGGAUUUGUCCGCUGAGCUGUGUCUGCUGAGGAAACGCUGCUUGGCCGACUGCAGGGUCCGCUUGGAUGUUUAUUAGACAGUUUUGUCUAUUCCAAAAAGAGGCAUCAUGAAUCAUCGGUCUUGUGCAGUCCUUCGCAAGUUACUCGCGAUUACGAGUGACAACACCUUGGAGUACAGCCAACGGUAACGAUGGUCCAUGUUAACUUGAAGCCGCCCUGAUAUAUGCAGAGUGGAGACUGAGCUGGCCCCGCGGCUAGUGACGUACGCGUGGAUGGCAAAGUGAAUCAAACCGUUGAAGCUAUCUUUUCAAAAGGGAACACUUCGGUGGGUGCCCCAUAGGCAAUAAUCAUCAAUACGCAGCCAGAUCAAAAUAAUUGCGGCUCUUCAAUUAAUUUAAACAUUGUUUCUGCCCGGAGUUUCGAAGAGUUCAUUGCGACUCUGAUCGAUAGCCUCUAGGUUAUAAUCAAAACCAUCAAUCGCUAUUUUCGUACAUACAACUGACAUACGACGUAGAAUGAUAAUGUAAAAUUAUAGUAAUGGCGUUCUUCUGGAUGCAUACAGUAGGUAAAAGGUAGUUAGGUUUUCAGCUGGUCUAGGGGUCCUUUCCAAAAGUAAUAGAAGCAAAGCGUAUUUUUUGCAGUAUCAGCGGCGCAUCGUAACGAAAUUACCUCAGUGUAGUAUCAUUGCACCGUCUUAACUUAUCCUGUCUUGAGCUUAAUUUACCUAAUGGAGAUACGCGAUACAGCUUUUAGCUAACAGUAGGCGUAAAAGGAGCUAGAAAAAAAAACACACACUAUUUACGUAGAACUAUAGAACGGCGUCUUUAACCGGCCUACAAACAGGAACAACGCCGAUUACAAUAUCAUUAGCGCAGGUAAACGUCCAUGGAAGCGAACCAAUGAAAAGAUGUUACUGAUCCUGAGGAGGAAAUGGUAAGUUCCGUCGAGGUAGAAAAGAUGUCUAAGCAUUUUCUAACUUAAACUGUGUCUAACUUAGAUUGCGUCAGCCUCUUCUGAAUUUGAUGUUAGAUACGAGCGCGUUAAUUCGACUAAAUGUAUAUAUAUCAGAGAAACACGUUGGAUCAGUUAUUAUUUGUAUAGAAAAAAAAGCACGAUGUGGCAUCUUAUGAGUGAGACUGUAGUGGUACAGAAUCCUAUGUUAUUUCAGGCAGAUCGGCUUUCUGUUUACUGAAAAAGUACUACAUGCGAAUAAUAAUUGCAAAAAAAAA